UCCCCAAUUUUUUUUUCACUUUAUAAAUCCACUAUUUUUCCCUCUUCCCUCACUAAUUCCUUGCUCCUUCGCAUCAAUGGCCAACGACGUCGUUUUCCCCUUCCCCACUUUUUUUCUCUCUCUCUUUCUCACCUAUUUGAUUUGGUUUUAUUUCCUCGCCCGUAAGCUCACCGGUCCAAGAGUAUGGCCGGUCAUCGGCAGUCUACCGGCUCUUUUCUCGAACCGGCAGAGACUCCAUGACUGGAUGGCCGGGAACCUCCGCGACACAGGCGCCGCUGCCACGUACCAAACCUGCACAGUGGCGGUUCCAUUCAUUGCUAAAAAGCAAGGAUUUUACACUGUCACGUGCCACCCGAGAAACAUCGAGCACGUGCUGCGAACCCGGUUCGAAAAUUACCCUAAAGGACCGGACUGGCAAGCGGCUUUUCACGAUUUACUGGGACAGGGGAUUUUCAACAGCGACGGCGAAAUUUGGCUGAUUCAGCGGAAAACGGCGGCGCUGGAGUUCACGACGAGGACGCUCCGGCAGGCGAUGGAUCGGUGGGUUAAUCGGACGAUAAGGACGCGACUGUGGUGCAUUUUGGACAAGGCGGCGGAGUAUAAGACGGCGGUGGAUUUGCAGGAUUUGUUGCUCCGGUUGACUUUUGAUAAUAUUUGUGGGCUGACUUUUGGGAAAGAUCCUGAAACUCUGUCGCCGGAAUUGCCUACAAACUCCUUCGCUUUGGCCUUUGACACCGCCACUGAGGCCACUCUCCAGCGCCUUCUUUACCCUGGUCUUAUAUGGAGGUUCGAGAAGCUUCUGGGGAUUGGAAUGGAAAGAAGGUUGAAGAAGUGUCUGAAAGUGGUAGAAGAAUACAUAAACGACGCCGUUGCAGCCCGUAAAGAAUCUCCCUCAGACGACUUAUUAUCACGCUUCAUGAAGAAGCGCGACGACGACCGCUUCUCCGCCACCGUGCUCCACCGCAUCGCAUUAAACUUCGUCCUCGCCGGUCGGGACACCUCCUCCGUCGCUCUCACCUGGUUCUUUUGGCUCGUAAUGAACCACCCACACGUAGAGGAAAAAAUCCUCACCGAAAUCUCAACGGUCCUCCGUCAAACACGUGGCGACGAUAUGCGCCGUUGGAUCGAAGAGCCGUUGGUGUUCGACGAGGCCGACAAAUUGGUGUACUUAAAAGCCGCAUUGGCUGAAACGCUUCGUCUAUACCCGUCCGUACCACAGGAUUUCAAAUAUGUCGUGGCUGAUGACGUGUUGCCAGAUGGCACUUUUGUGCCGGCCGGUUCGACUGUGACGUAUUCGAUUUAUUCGGUCGGGAGAAUGAACAGCAUUUGGGGGGAGGAUUGUGAGGAAUUUAAACCGGACCGGUGGUUAUCGCCGGCUGGAGACCGGUUCGAGGGGCAGAAGGAUGUGUAUAAGUUUGUGGCGUUUAAUGCUGGACCGAGGACUUGUUUGGGGAAGGAUUUGGCUUAUUUGCAGAUGAAGUCCGUCGCCUCUGCCGUACUUCUCCGGUACCGGCUGGCGCCAGUUCCCGGUCACCGGGUGGAACAAAAGAUGUCUCUCACUCUUUUUAUGAAGAAUGGGCUUCGUGUUUAUUUGCAUCCCCGCCGGCUCGGCUAGGAGAGGGGUGUUUUCGUCAUUUCGAUAUUUGAAUUUGUCUGUUUUUCUGAAUUAUAUUUGCUUUUGACAGUGCACGGUAAAAAAAAAUCGGUUCAGUUCUUUU